CUGCUCAGGUUUCACACUUUCAGCUGCAGGCUGAGAAACAUGGCAGUGGAGGAAGCGGCCGAAUAUUUGGCAGAAACGGAUGUGAACGCCUGUUACCUGCGAGCAGCCAGGGCCGGAAAUCUAGAGAAAGCGUUGGAGUACCUGAAGAAUGGAGUCGAUAUCAAUAUCUGCAAUCAGAAUGGCCUGAACGCUCUCCAUCUGGCCUCAAAGGAGGGCCAUGUGGAAGUGGUGGCUGAGCUCAUCAAGCAGGGCGCCAAUGUGGACGCAGCUACUAAGAAGGGAAACACUGCCCUCCACAUAGCCUCCCUCGCCGGGCAGACGGAUGUGGUGAAGGAGCUGGUCACAAACGGCGCAAACGUCAACGCACAAUCGCAGAAUGGCUUCACUCCUCUCUACAUGGCGGCGCAGGAGAACCACAUGGAGGUGGUGCAGUUCUUACUGGACCACGGCUCCAGCCAGAGCAUCGCCACAGAGGAUGGUUUCACUCCUCUGGCGGUGGCGUUGCAGCAGGGCCACGACCAGGUGGUUUCCCUUCUGCUGGAGAACGAUACCAAGGGAAAGGUCCGGCUCCCGGCGCUGCACAUCGCUGCGCGGAAAGACGACACCAAAGCCGCCGCCCUUCUGCUUCAGAACGACCACAAUGCGGACGUGGAGUCAAAGAUGAUGGUGAAUAGGACAACAGAGAGCGGCUUCACUCCCCUGCACAUCGCGGCUCACUACGGCAACAUCAACGUAGCAACGCUUCUCCUCAACCGGGGGGCAGCUGUGGACUUCAAGGCCAGGAAUGACAUCACACCACUGCACGUGGCGUCCAAGCGUGGGAACGGCAACAUGGUGCGCAUGCUGCUGGAGAGAGGCGCCAAGAUAGAUGCACGGACGAAGGAUGGUCUGACUCCCCUCCACUGUGGAGCCAGGAGUGGCCACGAGCAGGUGGUGGAGAUGCUGCUGGACAGAGGCGCGCCCAUACUGUCAAAGACAAAGAACGGCCUGUCCCCCCUUCACAUGGCGACCCAGGGCGACCACCUCAACUGCGUCCAGCUGCUGCUGCACCACGAGGUGCCGGUGGACGACGUGACCAACGACUACCUGACCGCGCUGCACGUGGCCGCCCACUGCGGCCACUACAAGGUGGCAAAGGUCAUCGUGGACAAGAAGGCCAAUCCCAACGCAAAGGCGCUGAAUGGUUUCACUCCCCUGCACAUUGCCUGUAAGAAAAACAGAGGCAAAGUGAUGGAGCUACUCCUGAAGCAUGGGGCGUCCAUACAGGCAGUCACAGAGUCUGGCCUGACGCCGAUCCACGUCGCUGCGUUUAUGGGCCAUGAAAACAUCGUCCAUCAGUUGAUAAAUCACGGGGCUUCGCCAAACACAAGCAAUGUGAGGGGGGAGACAGCUCUCCACAUGGCAGCGAGGGCCGGCCAGUCUGACGUGGUCCGCUAUCUGAUCCAGAACGGAUCACAAGUCGAUGCCAGGGCUAAGGACGACCAGACGCCGCUGCACAUCUCAAGUCGUCUGGGCAAGCAGGACAUCGUGCAGCAGCUGCUGGCCAAGGGAGCGUGUCCCGACGCCACCACCAACUCCGGAUACACGCCUUUACACCUGGCCGCCCGGGAGGGGCACCGAGAUGUGGCCGCCGCUCUGCUGGACCACGGCGCCAGUUUGGGCAUUAUUACCAAGAAGGGCUUCACUCCUCUGCACGUGGCGGCGAAGUACGGGAAGAUGGAGGUGGCCAACCUGCUGCUGCAGAAGAACGCUCCGCCCGACGCCGCCGGGAAGAGCGGACUAACUCCACUGCAUGUGGCAGCGCACUAUGAUAACCAGAAGGUGGCGCUGCUCCUGCUGGACCAGGGAGCGUCGCCGCACGCCGCCGCAAAGAAUGGCUACACUCCACUCCACAUUGCGGCCAAGAAGCACCAGAUGGAGAUAACCACCACGUUGCUGGAGUACGGCGCCUCCACGGGCGCCGUGACCAGGCAGGGGAUCACCCCCCUGCACCUGGCCGCCCAGGAGGGCAACGUGGACAUCGUCACGCUGCUAUUGGCUCGAGACGCCCCGGUCAACAUGGGCAAUAAGUCUGGUCUCACUCCGCUCCACCUGGCUGCCCAGGAGGAUAAAGUCAACGUUGCCGAGGUUUUAGUCAACCAGGGGGCCGUCGUAGACCCCGAGACCAAGCUGGGUUACACACCCCUCCAUGUGGCCUGUCACUAUGGCAACCUGAAGAUGGUCAACUUCCUGCUGAAAAAUCAGGCCAAAGUCAACGCUAAGACAAAGAACGGUUACACGCCCCUCCAUCAGGCCUCCCAGCAGGGACACACUCACAUCAUCAACAUCCUGCUGCUCCACGGAGCCUCGCCCAACGAGCUCACUGCCAACGGAAACAGCGCUUUGUCCAUCGCCAGGAGGCUGGGCUACAUUUCUGUGGUGGAUACACUCAAAGUGGUCACAGAGGAGACUCUGACCUCUCAGACCGUGAUCGAGAAGCACAGGAUGAACGUCCCAGAGACCAUGAACGAGGUGCUGGACAUGUCCGACGAUGACGUCCUUAAAGCCAAUGUCCCCGAAAUGAUCACGGACGACUAUUUUUCUGAUGUGGAAGAAGGUGACGAUGCAAUGACGGGGGACACAGACAAAUAUCUGGCCCCCCAAGACCUGCGGGAGCUGGGGGACGACUCCCUCCCUCAGGAGGGCUACAUGGGCUUCAGUGUGGGUGCACGAUCACAAAGCCUGCGUUCCUUCAGUUCUGAUAGGUCCAACACGCUGAACCGGAGCUCCUUCACCCGGGACAGCAUGAUGAUAGAGGAGAUGCUGGCCCCCACUAAAGACACGAUGCUCUCUAAGGAAAGGUCUUUCAUUAUAGAGCAGCAUAACAAGCAUUUGUCAGCAGUCAAGGACGCUGACAACGACUCUCUGAGGAGAUACAGCUGGACCGCAGACGCUCUGGAUAAUGUCAACCUCGUCUCCUCACCGAUACACUCCGGGUUCUUGGUCAGCUUCAUGGUGGACGCCAGAGGGGGCUCCAUGAGGGGCAGCCGCCACAACGGCAUGCGCAUCAUCAUCCCGCCCCGGAAGUGCACGGCGCCCACCAGGAUCACCUGUCGGCUGGUCAAGAGGCACAAAUUGGCCUCGCCCCCCCCGAUGGUGGAAGGAGAAGGCCAGGCCAGCCGGCUGGUGGAAGUGGGCCCAGCCGGAGCUCAGUUCCUCGGGCCUGUUAUAGUGGAGAUCCCGCAUUUCGGCUCCAUGCGGGGUCAAGAGAGGGAGCUGAUCCUGCUGCGCAGCGAGAACGGAGAAACCUGGAAGGAGCAUCUGUACGACUGCAAAACGGACGACCUCAACCAGCUCCUCAACGGCAUGGACGAAGAACUGGACAGUCCUCAGGAGCUGGAGAAGAAGAGGAUCUGCCGCAUCAUCACCAAGGACUUCCCACAAUACUUUGCUGUGGUGUCCCGGAUCAGGCAGGAGACACACCAGAUGGGACCAGAGGGCGGGACUCUGUGCAGCCGCAGCGUGCCAUUGGUCCAGGCCUCCUUCCCCGAGGGAGCCCUGACCAAGAAGAUUAAGGUUGGGUUGCAGGCUCAGCCGAUACCCGACGACACUGUAAAGAAAAUCCUCGGUAACCGAGCAACCUUCAGCCCCAUUGUCACCGUGGAGCCCAGAAGGAGGAAGUUCCACAAGCCCAUCACCAUGACGAUCCCAGUCCCGCCCCUCUCAGGCGAGGGGCUUAGCAACGGCUACAAAGGGGACAGCACCCCCUGCCUCCGCCUCCUCUGCAGCAUCACAGGUGGGACGUCCCCGGCUCAGUGGGAGGACAUCACAGGCACAACUCCCCUCACUUUCGUCAACGACUGCGUCUCCUUCACCACUAACGUGUCCGCCAGGUUCUGGUUAGCAGACUGUCACCAAAUCCCCGAGACGGUGAGCCUGGCCAUGCAGCUCUACAGGGAGCUGAUCUGCGUGCCCUACAUGGCCAAGUUUGUGGUGUUUGCCAAGAUGAACGACCCAGUGGAGUCCAAUCUGAGGUGCUUCUGCAUGACGGACGACAAGGUGGACAAAACCCUGGAGCAGCAGGAGAACUUUGAGGAGGUGGCCAGGAGCAAAGACAUAGAGGUUCUGGAGGGCAGGCCCAUCUAUGUGGACUGCUAUGGAAACUUAUCUCCUCUGACCAAAGCUGGUCAACAAUUGCUCCUUAACUUCUACGCUUUCAAGGAAAACCGUUUGCCAUUUUGUGUCAAGGUCAGAGAUCCCAGUCAGGAGCCGUGCGGUCGCCUCACUUUCCUGAAAGAGUGUAAGAACACAAAAGGCCUCCCCCAAACAGCUGUGUGCAACCUGAAUAUCACGCUUCCUGCGGUGAAAAAGGAAAUGGAGUCAGAUGCCGAGGAUGAGACUGAAAAGCCAGAACGACGUCAUACCUUUGCUUCCCUAGCCUUACGUAAGCGCUACAGCUAUCUGGCCGAGCCUGCACUGAGUGAGUUUGACAUCUUCACUAACAAACCCUUUGAUGAAUAUAAACUAAGACCAAGUUUAGAAAAUAAAAACAGCAGUCGAGCGAAGCGCAGCAGCAAGAGCACUGCCUGCUGGUCACCCUCACAAACCUGUCUUUCCAACCAGACCUUACCCACCAUGGUCGACUGCUCCUAUUACCGUCCCUGGUCAAACAAGGCCCGUCGGAAUGGGGGGUUCCCUCAACUCUACCGAUUCACCGGCAGGCUCACCAGCUGCUUCUCCAUUAAAAUCUACCUGGCCCCUCUCAACUACAUCACCUGCAUGCCCCACAACUAUAAAAACCACUUUGGGCACUCCAUCACCGGUACCUGGCCCGUCACCCCCAGUUAAACCAGUGAGCGACAUAGCAUCGUCUUCCCCCAUCAGGUCUUACAGGACUGUGCCUUCACCUAUUAAAACAGUUGUCCAGCAGGGUCAGUACCCUCAUCAGGGGUCUGCCAGUCUGGUGGUCUCCGGGAGUAAACCUGCCACAGAUCCAGCUUCAAUCAAAAACCUUGCCUCGGCUUACGCAUCGAGAACCUCUCCACUUCAUUCAGUAUCCAGUGCUUCUUUAUCAGAGAGAUCUACAGCUCCAGUUCCUGCUGCAGAAUCAACAAAAACAGCCUACAACAUGUACAGCUCUAAUCUUCCUUUCAAAACUGCCCUUGGAUCCAGCGUAGUGACAGAUGCAGCAGCGGCCACCCUCUCUCCAGUCAAAAGCAUCUCCAGCCUAUCCUCUUUAAAAACCUCUGUCGAAUCCACACUGUCAUCCAGAGGGGGCAGGACAUCAGCCUCGUCUUUCUCCUCAGCUGGCCAGACAACCAUUGCUUCCUCAGAAUUUUCCAUGAUGAACGGUACGGUGUCGCCGGUGAAAUACCCCUCGUCCUCCUCCACACCAUCCUCCCCUUCUUCACGUCUUCUCUCAGAGAGAAGUAGCAGCCUUCAGGAGAGGAUCCAGGCCACCACUCAGGCAGCGACGUCUGGUGUCAGUGCAGCCAUAAAUGAAGCUAUAGACUCAUACUCCGUCUCAGGCUAUGGCACUCUUAAAUCACUGUCCUCCUCCCGUAGAUCUGCAACAGCAAGCUCUGCUUACAGUACUCUGAGAUCUGUAACUGCCUCCCCAAGCACAGCAGUCUCUUCCAGUACAAUGACUGUCCCCGUUUACUCACUGGUCAAUGUCAUCCCGGAAACCCCAGUCAAACCGGGGCCAGGGUCUCUCAAAAUGGCACUUCCCGAUUCCCCUCGCGCCUCAUCCUCACCUUCGUCAUGUUUGUCCACCUGUGUCACCGGGACCAAAAUCAAGUCUCAGCUGAAAUCCCCCCCAUUCAUCACGCCACCCAUAAUCCACCCAACUGCGGCUUCCAACCAGGAGAUACUAAAAGAUGUAGCAGACAUGAAAGAGGAUCUGAUCAGAAUGACAGCUAUCCUGCAAACAGACACACAGACAGCGGCUAAAACUGUCCAGACAUCGCACACCGGCACUCCUAAAGAAACCAAGUUAGAGGACGAGGAGCCAUAUUCUUUAGUGGAGAAAGUGAAAGAAGAUUUAGUCAAAGUCAGUCAGAUAUUACAGAAAGAUAUCAUGAGCGAGGGUAAGACUGCUAAAGGGAAAGAUGUAGUCUCAGAGGAUGAGUGGGAGGAAUUUUCCAAAGAUGAGAUUGAAGAAGCACAAAGGAGUAUGCUCCCAGAUUAUUACCCCACUUUUGAUGAAAACACACUCUAUCUUAAGCACCAGUCCAUGUCAAGCAAAGAAUUAGAAUUAGCCAGAGUCGUUGAUUUCCUCACAAAUGACACUGGUGCAAACUCUCUGUCGAAAAUGGCAGAGCUCAAAAGCAGGUAUGAGGAAGAGGUGAAAAGGGAAGGGGAAGAGAAACAGAAACGUGUCCUCAAACCAUCUAUGUCCAUACAGGAGCACAAACUCAAAAUGCCUCCACCAGUCUCAGGCAUGAUCAGGUCACCCUCAGAGAAGGACCUUAGCAAGCUUGCUGAGUCGUAUCAGGGGUCGGACACGAUACUAGAGUCCCCCGAGGACCUGUCUCACGAGCAGGAUAAGAGCCCCCUGUCCGACAGCGGCUUUGAGACGAGAAGUGAAAAGACACCUUCUGCUCCUCAGAGUGCAGAAAGCACAGGCCCCAAGCCUUUAUUCACAGAUUCGCCCAUCCCUCCAUGCGUCACUGAAACCAGGACCGAGGUGGUCCACAUUAGAAGCUACGAGCAACCGGAAGAUCUUGGGGAACCAGGGCUGAUGGAGGAGGCUGCAUCUGCCCUGCCCGUUAUAGAGCCUGAGGCAGCUUCAGCAAAAGCCUUACAGAUGAAAAUGCCAGAAGAUGAUGCCAUGAUGAACAAAAGCAUGUGUCUUAAGGAGGAAACGCAUAUAACCACUACAACUAGAAUGGUUUAUCACAAGCCCCAGCUGACUGAUGGGACAGAGAUGAUAGAGGAAGGCAUGUCAGUUCGAGACAUUAUGAAAGCUUUCCAGUCAGGGAGGGACCCGUCUAAAGAUUUUGCAGGUCUGUUUGAACACAAAGCAAACCAAGAUUCUAUCAAAGGUGAUGAGCUGACUCCCAGAUUUCUCGACAGAGAAAUUAAAUCAAAACCUAAGGUGGAGAGGAUAAUCGAAGUUCAUAUUGAAAAGGGUCAUAGCACAGCCGAGCCAACAGAGGUUAUUUUCAGGGAAACCAAGAAACACCCCGAGCUGUACGUCUACAAAGCUGACCGCGGAAUCAAGGAGCUUAUUGAGUAUGAUGAAACCCAACAGGAGGAGGAGGAGCUUACUGCCGAAGAAUCCCUUCCCUCCUUCCUGGAAACAUCUCGGGUUAACACCCCAGUUUCCCAGGAAGAAGACAGUCGCCCAAGUUCUGCCCAGCUAGUAGCGGACGAUUCUUACAAAGCUCUAAAGCUGCUGAGCCAGCACUCCAUAGAGUACUGCGAUGACGAGCUUUCCGAGGUUCGAGGCGAGUCGUAUAGAUUUGCAGAGAAAAUGCUUCACUCAGAGAAACUCGAUGUGUCAUCGCAGUCUCAUUCAGACACAGAGGAUUCAGCACUGGUGGCCGACAAAAGCCGCCACCAGGUGUCUGAGGAGACUGGGAGCACUGAGAGCAUGAGUCAGCAGCACGGAAGCCCCAAAAGAGAGUUUGUGUCAAAGGCGUCAAAAGAUGGGUCUCCUAAAUCAGGUAAAUUCCUGCACAGGGACGAACCGUCUCAGUUUGACAAGGUGACCGUGCUGCAUUACUCCACAGAACAAGGUAGUCCCAAACAUGCAGUGUGGAUGCGAUUCACAGAAGACAAACACGACAGGAGCAGAGAUAAACUGCUUUAUGAGGAUAGGGUAGAUCAAACUGUUAAGGAAGCUGAGGAAAAACUCUGUGAGGUAUCGCAGUUCUUCCGUGACAAAACGGAAAAGCUCAACGACGAGCUGCAAUCUCCAGAGAAAAAGCCUGUGAGGCGAGAGGCGAAGGAGCCUCGGUCCUGGCCUAGCUCUGCCUGCAGCAGCCCGGAGAAAACGCAGCAGAAACCUAAGCCGGCAGAGGAGGGGUCGAGUAAAAGCAAGCCGAGGGAGCCUUCGGUUGGUAAAAUGUUCGGCAGCUCCACAGCAGCCGAAAAGAAAAGUUCUAGCUUACCAAGCAGUCCUCAGAAGAGCAUGUUCUCCAAUGCAAAUGAGGAUAAAAUCAAACAACAGAAUAAGACCAGUGAGUCUGAACCCUCCUCUCCCUCUCACAUCAAAUCAACAUCCAAAGUCAGUGCGGUUAGGAUGAAGUUUGAGUCUGUGGCUCAGAAAACAAGUCAAAGUCAACCUAGUCCUACCAAAAUUCCCCCUCCUGUGCAACCGAAACCAUCAGUAAAGAAAUUACAGGAGAGUAAACUUCCUGUUUAUCAGUUUUCUAGUGGAAAGGCUUCAAAAGUGUCUGAAACAUCAGAAGAUUCCCAUAAAAAUAAUGUUGAAAAGGUUACAGAGGGCAGUAAACCCGCACUUGGCCUAUCUAAAAUCCACAAGGUCGAUAAGCUGCCAAAUAAAAACCUUAUAGAGGCCCCCCAAGAAACUGAUGAAACUAAAACUGUUAAAUCACCAACUAAGGAGAGAGACACUCACUCCAGUGUAACUAAAGACAUUAAAGAAAGCAAAGGUCAGAAAGGUCAGACAACCCCUGUUAGUGAGAUUAAUGCUAAAGACAACCAACAAAUAACUAAAGGUCAGUUUGUUUCCAAAGAAAAUAAAGAUGAGCUGCCCAAAAGAGAUGCAGAGGAACCACAAAACAAAAACCUCAGAAAGAAGACAGAAUCUCAGAUUCCUGUCAGAACGACAUCUUUAGACAAUGACCCAGCAAAAAAACUAUCUGUAACAAAGCCGUCACAGAUACCCACACUGUCUAAAACGAAAAGUCUGGAGACACCUCCAGCGAAAACAGAUCUAACCUUUGAAAUUCUAGAUAACGCACCCAAAGACUCCAACUCCAAUAACCUGCUGAGCCCUAAAGAAAUGCUAGAGAAAGUCAUAACCCCUCCAGCUGCUGUGACAGCCAAGGAGGACUUCAAGGGCCUUAAAACGUUACCUGUUUAUGUUCAGGUGGGCCGGCAGGCAGAGAGGGACGCAAAGGGAGCUCUGUAUUCAGUCAAACAGAAGUCAAACAAUGCGCUCAGCCCCUUAAGCCCAGAAGAUGACACACUGGAGCAGGUCUCUUUCAUAGACAGUUCAGGCAAAAGUCCCAUUACACCAGAAACCCCCAGUUCUGAGGAAGUCAGUUACGACCUGACAUGCAAAACCCCUGAUGGUUUUAUAGGAUUCAUGACAGGACAACCGAGCCCUAUCAUGGAGGUGUCGGAGGAGUUAGAAGAUGAGCGAGGCAGGGAGGUUUUCUCUUUUAAAGAGGCCCCACUAGAAAGUAAAGCCUGUCUUCCUGUAACCCACGCAGACCGCGUUAAUGCUAAUGAGGAAGAAAUACAAACUGUUGAUAAUAAGCAGGACUUGCUCGAUCAUUUUAACCAGCUAGAAACUGGCAUGCAUGAUGAAUUCACAAGACAGGAGCAAAAGGAAGUUUCAAAAGACAAAGGCAUAGCAUACAUUGAGUUCCCUCCCCCUCCUCCGCUCGACUCGGCCUCGGAAACCUCAGACCCAGAGAGAAAAGGCUCCUGCGCUUCCUCAGAGACUGAGACAGAAAUGAUGGAGGUGAAUUUGCAGGAAGAGCAUGACAAACACCUUCUAAUCGAACCAAUAAUACGCAUACAGCCGCCUUCCCCAGUGGCAGAUGACAAUCAUUCAAAUGACGAAGAGGAUGAGUCAAUCUUCCAACCAAUUCCAUGUAAGAAAUUCACCUCCAAAGUUUCUGACGAUGAGGAGAGAAGGAAGGAGAAGGAAAAGACUUCCAAAUCCAAAAAGCAUGACAAAAAUGGAAACAACAAAGAGGUUAAUGGUGGGACCAAUGGCUCCAAUGGUUCCAGCAAUGGUUCCAAAGGUUCUAAUGGCAAAGUUGAGGACUAUGAAUAUGAACAAAAUGGAAAUGACCAGUCAAUCACGGACUGUUCAAUAGCCACAACGGCUGAGUUUUCUCAUGACACGGACGCCACAGAGAUAGACUCUCUAGACGGAUACGAACUUCAGGAUGAGGACGAUGGCCUGUGCGAGCAGGCAGAUUUGAGGCUUUUUGGUCUUCCAGACAGCCGGAGAGACGUCUGGGCCACGGACACAUUUAGGUCCUCCGACCGCCCUUUUUCCCAGACCAAACUGGAAGUUAUUGAAGAGGAGAAAACGCCAGAGGAAUGCCAGAGGGAGAGUUUGAAAAAAGACAGCCCCUCAAAUGGUGUUAGUCCAAAUGGAGCUAAAAGUCAGGAACAAAAAGACUCAGAUAAAGAAGGAUUUUCAGACACUUACUUUAGUUAUAAGUUAGAGGAGGAAUUUAACUCAACUUUUAAGACCGUCGCCACCAAGGGGCUAGACUUUGACCCCUGGCCCAGUAAAGGUGGCGAAGGAGAAGUCGUUGACAUGGGAGGGACGCGGGGAAGCAAUGGUGAGCCCAAGCCUUUUGGACUGGCAGUCGAUGACCAGUCUCAGGCCACGACAACAGACACGACCCCAGCCCGAACUCCAACCGACGAUAGCACGCCAACGAGCGAGCAAAACCCAUUCCCCUUCCAUGAAGGGAAGAUGUUUGAGAUGACACGCAGUGGUGCGAUUGACAUGAGCAAGAGGGACAUGGUGGAGGAGAGGCUCCAGUUUUUUCAGAUUGGUGAGCAUUACUACUCAGCGGGCAGGUACAGGGUCAGGGACUCAGAUUUAAACACCCCUUCACAACACAGAGAUCAAUUCAGCUGCGAUUUACUAGUCCCUCAAAUCUCCAUACAGACUACCACAGUAGAAAUAUCGAACGUGGGUGCCGGUUACAGCACGUGGGGAGACUCGGCCUCCAACACUGAGCCAAAAUUCUCCACUUUUAGAACAGGAUUCAAGCUUCAAGCAUCACCUGAUAAAACCUCGAAUGCUGCAAAUAGCCCCGCUAAUUAUAGAACACCGAGCACCUUUGAUAGUCAGAAUGACAAAAGCUCAGGAAAAGCUAUAGAUAGUUUUUACUGUUUAACCCCAAACUAUGCAAAUUAUUUUGAUUAUAACACAUCAAGCAUGACAGAUAACCCUUUGAAUCCCCAACCAUUAUUUGGCGUAGAUUAUUAUUCGAUUGAAAGCACUUGUUCAGGAGCAUCCAAACAGAGGGGCCAUUUGGGUGGGACACAGGAUAAUCAAAACACCUACCAAAGCACAGAGUGUCCUUCAGCACCUUCACAGCAGAUUAGCAAUUUGCAAACACAAAGUAGCAAUACCAGUAGCACCGGCCCAGACCCCCAUACUGUGGUUUUUCCAGCUGGCAGGGUUGUGUUGGGCUCGUUGUCCUGUUCGGGACCCGCUCAGCAGGAGAUCAGCCGGAUAGAGGCGUCUGCCAGCCAGUUGGAGGAAUUCAAGAGGGAGUGUGGGACUUUUUCUAAAGUAGCAAUAACGAAUACGGAAGCCAAAGAGGUUAAAGGCCAUAUAUUCAAGUCCAAGUUACCAUUGAGGUUGCCCAGCCAGAAACUAUGCAGUCAAAAGCAGUCCGCAGUGAAGGACAAGGCUAAAGGAAAAGCCAAUAAAUUCCUACUCAGUAAAUGCACAAUGCCUAAAUUUAAAGAAAGAGUCGAUCCUUUUGAUGGUGUAUUACCUAAAUCCAAAAUCCCAGUACUAAAAGCCAUUAAAUACCCUUCUUGUUCCCAGAAGCAGAAGCAGGUUAAAACCACCUCAUUUAUUUAUAAGAGCAUUAAACCAGCUACAUGUAAGACACAGCAAACAAAGAACAUAUCCAGCACUGAACGCAGAUACAGUUCAGCCAAACCCUCAGGUAGAAGCACGGCCCACGAAGCAGGGAAAAAAAACACUGCGUUGGUGUCAAAGGACUCCAGAACGAUGUCCCGUAGCAGACAGGUAGCCAACACUUUGGACAAAGCGUUCCCCAAGGAGGCUAAAACAAAGUUAGAGGGGAAAGCACUGCCCACUGAGGACGAGGAGAGCUGCAGCCUCAGCAGUACCAGGAACACUUCCCUGUCAGAACCACCUAGAGCCUCUAGGAGCUCCCGGCCUUCUCGCACCUCUACCUCUGCCUCCACCUCCACCAGCACCACCACCAUAUCAACACCAUCUGCUAGAGAUGUGAGAGCUGAGGUUGAACAGGCCAGCAGUGAGAGGAUGAGGAGGAGCAGGAGGAAGAGUAGGCGGACACUUGGAGGGAAGGAGCGAGAGCAGAAGGAGGAAGGGAGUCAGGUUGAUCAACCAAUCACGGCUCCUGUGACGGAGAACGAGACUAGUUUGUAAACCCUUUCUAAACACUUAUACUUAUCUUUCUCUGAGAUGCAUGUGGCUGUUGUGGGGUGCUCUGUGACGUGACGUGAGUGUAGCUGUCGUUUCCUCUUCCUGUCCUUCUUGUUAUCUGUGUCCUGUGCUGUCUGAUGUAGGCAUCAACGUGAAGGCUAUGACACAGAGAGGAUCUUAGACAGGCUUCCUUGACAAUGUCGAUUUUGAGCCAUUUCACAUCAGAUAGAAAACGGGUUUCCUUCCAAUUAGCAUCAGAAUAACAUAGAGUGCACAUCAAAGGUUCGAUAAGCUAGGAUAUCAAUAUUGCCAAAUGCCUUUCAGGUGCUUCCUCUUACUGUGAGCCACUGCACACUCCCUCAGUUUAAGUUUGAGAUGAAGUCAGUCAUGCACCUCACUGUGGGACACAGCACUCACCUCCACUCCGACAAAGACUUAGAGCAAGAUGUCAACUAAAUUAACCUUGUUUGUGAUUGUCUCAGUGAGCUUUCUUGGUUUGUGGGCAUUAUUUUGUGGAAAUGUUUCUGUAUGAAAUAACUGAAAAACACCACAUUAGCUCAACUUGUCAGCCACCUCAAAUCUAGUGAGUUUAGUCAGCCGUUUUUUGGAAAGGAUGAGCAGAGAGAAAGAUAACGCUGCCUGGUAGUGAUGACACUAAACUCCAAACUAAACUCUUAGACUCGUCCUACUAAUUCGGCUGAACCUCAAACAUUUCACUGUGAUUCUAGGCUUGUUUUCAUCUUUUCUGGCCUAAAAAAAUCCUCCAAACUCUUACUCCAGUAGUGAUUUCUAUUUCAAGCUCGCUUUGGGACCAGAACAUACAUAUAGCACAUACAUAUAUAGCUUCCGUCGACUAAAACUAACAACACAUCGACUGGAGGCAGGAUGCUAAACAUCGAUUCGGUGUUUAUUGGUCAAAAGUUGGAUGAAGGUAGAGAACCAAAACAAUGACAGCAGCUGCACAGGACAAUCUUCAUUAUUUAGUCUUAAACCUUUUCAUUUUGACUCUCUUAUCUUUUAAUACUGAUGGCAUUAGGGGUGGAGGACUUUCAAUUAUUACAGCAAUGAAGCUAUGAAUUAGUAGAUACACACUACAUAACCCGUCCAAUCAGGUCAUGACCUUAUCGGUGGGUCUUUUCUCUUUUUUAAGACAUCAAAACAUGCAAGGACCCGAUUAGUGUGAACACAACUGAAAACAAUAAUUUGCUAACCUGGUGAAUAUGAUUCCCAGCUGUCUGAUAUUUGGAAAGCCUCCAUGCCCUGUCGUCAUCCAAUAAUACCCAAAAAAUGGAUUUGAAAUGUAAAUUUAUUCAAAAAUUGGUUGAACCGAUGCGGUUCAGAUCUCUUAGCUGUUAUUUUAAAAUUUAAGUAACCUCCAGGCUCUGGUUUUUGAGCAGUAAACAACUUAGACGCUCUACCAGAACGCGGUGAUGAUAUUGUGCUAACUUUACUUUAUUCCUGUCAAACAUAAAAGCAGUUGUAUCUUCAUGUCUUACUGCAGAAACGAAACAAAACGCUCAUCUAUUAUUCAAACAGUCCUCAGAGUCCGAGCAGACAAGCAGUGAAAGACAGGAAACACAAUCUGAGAUUUAACUUUUCAGGCCUUAAUUAAGAAGGUUAAAGGAUGAAACCACAUUCAUGUAGAUAGACUCUCAGUUCUCAAUCUGUUUCUUUCAUUUAGUGUCUUUUAUCCCUUUUGGGAGCCAUUUUGUAUACGUCUCUCUUUUUAACAAACACCAGAUUAGUUUGACGUGACUCCCCGUUAACUGCUUGUCUCCCACCCCUCACUGCUCCCUCGCUCAGGUCCUCAGAGCCCCUGUGAGAGA